CCGGGUCCCGCCUAUUUUCUGUUGUCCUGGACCUUUAGGCCGGUCUUGGCCCAUUUGAAGACCAGGAAGUUGAUAAAUCGCGAGGCCCGCUGCUGAGAGACGGUGGCUCGGGUGGGACAGUCGCCAGGGAUGGCGGAGCGUGAGGAUGGAGCGGGUGUCCGGGCUGUUCUCCUGGACGCUGAGCAGAGUCCCGUGGCUCACCGGCCUCUUUGAGCGGGGAGCUGCCCGGCAGCCCCGGAUCAUGGAAGAGAAAGCGCUAGAGGUUUAUGAUUUGAUUCGAACUAUCCGGGACCCAGAGAAGCCCAAUACUUUAGAAGAACUGGAAGUGGUAACGGAAAGUAGUGUGGAGGUUCAGGAGAGAAACGAAGAUGACUAUUUGGUUAUUAUCAGGUUCACGCCAACAGUACCUCACUGCUCUUUGGCAACCCUUAUUGGGCUGUGCUUAAGAGUAAAACUUCAGCGGUGUUUACCGUUUAAACAUAAGUUGGAAAUCUACAUUUCUGAAGGAACCCACUCAACAGAGGAAGACAUCAACAAGCAGAUAAAUGACAAAGAGCGAGUGGCAGCUGCAAUGGAAAACCCCAACUUACGGGAAAUUGUGGAACAGUGUGUUCUGGAACCCGACUAAUAACUGUUUUAAGAGCCACUUACCUUUAAUUGUUUGAUAUAUUUGUUUAAAUUCUUUGUAAAAUGUAAAAGACUCAUGUUUAAUACAUAGGUGAUUUGUACCUCAAGAAAUUUUUUUAACGGAUGAUUUGUAAGCAAGAUUUAAUUAUAAGCAGUACCUAGUUUGUUCAGUGGAUAACAUUCUCAGGAUUUGUAACACUUAAAUGAUCGGACAGAAAAAUAUUUUCUAGUGAUUAUGUGUCAGAUGACUUGCAAUUUUUUGACGCCUCUUCUGAUACAACUACUUUUCAUGUCAAAUAUUUACUGUGCCCAGAUGUAUUCAAUUUAAAUCAUUACCUGUAGAAUAAAUAAAACAGAGAUGAUUCUUGUAA